GUCUGGCAGCUGGUUUGGCCCCGUUGUACGGCUCGGCGUCGGCGCCGGUUACCCGGUACGUCGGCUUGGGUUACCGAGUAACCCAAGCCGAGCACCGAACCACGCGUCGCGGCAGCCGGCAAGCCACUCCAACACGUGCGGUAUCCUAGUGGUAUCUAAGUUAGGGUUACCACUUACCGGGUUAGUGGAUUUUUUAUAGUUAACACUUUGUAUCAUAAUAGGUAUUAUUAUUAUGUAUACACUAUACAGCUGGCAGCAGCUGUAAGGGACACAAUCGACCAUUGUGUGUUAUAGCUCUGUUUUUGGAGUUUGCUCUUUAAAAGACUUCUCACUUCGGUGAUCGUUAAAUUGUCAGUUUUGUUCGGCCGUGGUUGUUCAAACAGUCUAAAAUUUACUACUUCGUUUAUAACCGUUGCAAUAUUGGAAUUUUUAUAACGACAUUGCUGUGUAUUGUACACUACUCAUUCCGACCAAAUCCGGUAUUCGAUUCGUAAAACACUCGGUAGUAUUGUGUUAAAUAUUAUAAUCAGUGAUUUUGAGUUUGAAUUUAUCAUGGCCAACUUCGAAGAUAACAUCAAAGCAAUCUUGGAGGACAUUGAAAAAGAUGUAUUAUCAAUGCGGAAUAAUUUAAAUUCGGCGACAAAAAUGGUCGAAGAUCAGACCAAAAGUUUGAACAUGGCUGUUAAACUCUUAGCUGGGUCUAUGAAUAUUUCGGAAAAGGAGCUAGCCGAAAUGAUGGCAGAUGUAGAAAAUUCAUCAUUAGGCGUAAAUAAUGAAGUGCAAAAUGAGAAUGCUUCUUCGGCAGGCCCUUUGAAGGAAGCCGAAGAAAAUACAGAAGUUGACACUUUGCACAAAGUCGACUAAAAAUUCUAAAAUGGAAUAAAAUUGAAUUUUUAUAAGCUUAUACAUUCCAAAAGUCAUUAUCUAAAUGCGUGUUUUCUCCUAUGUAAGCUGUAUCGGUUAAAAAUAGUAAUAAUUGCCAAUAGACUUCAUACAAAGUAGAAUCAUAAUUUGUAUAAAGUAACUUGAUAUCUGACUAGUGGCAUCUACCGUUUAUUAGAAUAGCUGCUUUUUUAUUGUGAAUAUA